UGCAAGAAAAACUGAACUUAUGGGGAACUCAUUCUCUCCGCCCACCUUCGAACUAUAUAUACAGUGUUUGUCAGUGAGAUCUCACUGAUUGUUUCUUCAUGAUGACCAUCAUCUCUCUGCUCCUGCUGGCCUCUCUGCUGCCACACCUGACCUUCACUGCUCGUGUGAAUGUGGGUAUAGUGAACGGCACAGAAGCAAAACCCCACUCCAGACCUUACAUGGUUUCUCUUCAAUCAAAUAAGGAACAUAUCUGUGGCGGAUUCCUCAUCUCUGAUGAGUUUGUGAUGACUGCUGCACAUUGCUGGAACGGAUCUCAGAUUCUGACGGUUGUGGUUGGUGCUCAUGACUUAAGGAACAGUGAGAAUUCAGAUCGUAUCGGAGUGAAGUCCUACAUCCCACAUCCAAGCUAUAUGAUUCAUUUUUCUUGGAAUGACAUCAUGCUUUUGAGGUUACAGGAAAAAGUCAACCUAAACAACUAUGUUGAAUGGAUAUCAUUACCAAAGAAAGGUGAAGAUGUCGAGGUGAAUACUCUCUGUGUUGUUGCGGGCUGGGGACAACUGUUGACUGAUGGCCCAAAGAGCGAUCGUCUAAUGGAGGCAAACGUGCAUAUAAUGAAUAACAGAGAAUGUCGCAAGAGGUGGGAAAAUAAUUUCUCAGUCUCGCAGAUGAUGUGCACACAUGGCCAUGGUGGAUCCUGCAUUGGGGAUUCUGGGGGUCCUUUGGUUUGUGGAAAAACUGCAGUUGGUGUCACAUCAUUUGGAUAUAAAAUACUCUGCAAUUCACCUGAGAAACCUAAUGUGUAUAUUAAGAUUUCACUAUAUAUUCCAUGGAUUAACAGCAUAAUUAGAAAUGUGAAGUGAGUUCAGUUCUUGAAUUCUUCUGCAUAACCUGUUUUAAUAAAAGGAUCACUUGGCAAUCAUCAGUCAUUCAAAGUAUCUUUAUUGUCACAAGCAUAUAUGUAGGGUACAACAGGGAUAAAGGCCCACCUUAAGAAAAAAUGUGCUAUUCACUGCGCCUAAAAUGUAUAAUUGCAGAAAAUAUAUAUACGUUGUAUUGAAUAUUAACGGAGCAACAGAUUUUGUGUUAAAAUAAAUCAUUCAAGUUGUUUUUUUUUUGUUUUUUUUUUAA